AUGGAGCUUGAACGUCUAGAGGAGAAGUACGAACUUCUCCGAAAUGAGCAUCAAGCAUGUCGGAGAAAACUUGACAGUAAAUGUGAGGCUCUUCUCAUACUGAGCCGAGAAAUGGACCAAUGUCGAAGCGAACGAGAUCAAUUCAAGUUGAUGGCUGAACAGUUGCAGGAACGCUACCAGACUCUUAAGCGGCAAUUGGCUGGAAAGGAUUUGGGGGGUUCUUUUGGCUCUGGUGGUGGGCAUCAUGAGGAGGGACAUGGACAGAAUAUUCGCAAGCUUCUCUGUGACUCAAGGGACCAAAGCAAAUCUUUGCAGUUCGAGGUAGAAGACAUGAAACAGAAACUUGCCGAUGCCCAAGGAGACAUCAAGCUGCUGAGAGAGCAGAUUGCCCGUCAGAGGGUUGGAACAACUGAUGAAGGCAUCAACACACGUCACUUUCCUGCCUAUGAACGGGAAGAUCUUGUACAACAGCUAGAAGCUCAAAAAGAAAAAUAUUUACAGUUGGAACGAGACCUUCAGCAAGUGUUGGAUGAGAAGGAAGAGCAAGAAACAGAACGAGAUGCCUACAAGACAAAAUAUGAAAGACUCAACACCGAAUUAAAUUUCAUCCUCAAAGGAGAUGAGAAUAGAAUUCUUGAUAUUGAUGCUCUUGUCAUGGAAAACAAAUUUUUACAAGACAGACUUAAGCAAAUGGAAGAGGAAAAGUCUUUGGCAAUGGCCACAGCAUCCAAAUAUAAAAGUAUCUUAGAAAAGAAAAAGAACAAAGGAAGCUUCAAACUUGGCCAAAAUCGAAAUGAUAGUUUGGUAAUCUCUCAGAAACAAGUUACUCAACUUCUGGAAGACAAAAAGUAUAAGGUGCCUAGUGCUCAAGCAAUGGCUGAUUUGCGGGGAUUGGCAUCAGCUCUUUUGGAAACAAUUAAUGAUAAGAACCUUGCACUCUCACACCAGCGAAAGACUAACAAAAUUCUUGGAAACAGAGUUGCUGAAUUAGAAAAGAAAUUAAGAACAUUAGAAGUCUCUGGCUUGUGGAAUUGUGGAACAGUUUUAAAUGACUUGCUUCGACCUGAUACUGAUGCAAACACUGACAGUCCCCAUCCGGUACUGGCUAAAAUUCGAACUGAGUAUGAAGAGGUUAAAUCUCUACUUCCUGAUGUCUCUUCCCCUCGGAGUGAACAAGGAAGUGACAGCACAACAUGUGAUAAGGAUGCCAGUGGAGACACAGGGACACUGAGCACUCCAGCAUCCACUCUGGAAAAUAUUGUUGGAAUCACAACUUUUUGGACUCUAAUCAAAUUCAUUAAAGGCAGACAAGAAAUUGUCUUGGAAGAAGAUACGGACAAUGGUAAAGACAACAGUUGUGAUGAUGUGUUGCAAGAGGGUGAAAUUGCAAGUUCUGCCGAGGAGAAUGUCACUGACCCGACAGAGCUGAAACUCUGGCAACUCUUCGAAGCUGCCACUGUAAAAGUGACACAGAAGCAAAGUGUGCGCUCACCAGUGCAUCAGAAAAAUGCAAACAGCAAGCCCGCCUCGCCAUCUCACAAAUUGUACCUCAAAGAAAAUCUAACUUCCACAGAUAUUUCAUCAGAUUUGUGUUUGCACAAUGAUCAUAAGGGGGUGUCGAGUAUUCAACCAGAUUUAUUGGAGACACAUAAGACCAAUGAGGGUCAGGACAAGCACAUUUUUGCCUCUGGAGAUCCAGCAGGUCUCUUUCAGGAUUCAAAUACUGUUAAUGUUCAAGUAUAG